AUGGCGUCUGCUGCUGCGGUCGGCACCCGAGCGCCUUACACACGCGCUCGAUCGUGGCUCGCGACGCCGCUGCUGGUGGUGCUGAUCCCGACCCUCGUCGCCGCCAUCUUGGCCCUGCCAUUCCUCGCCGUCUUCUCAUUCGUGAGUGCUUGCAGUUUUUCGUCGACGGACGAGUCAUACGAUGCAAGAUGCUUGGACUCGCGAGACCUAUGCAAUGCGCAGGCUGGCAGCUCUCGUUCAGCCAUCACAGGCCGUGAGGCGCACGCCCAUUUCACGUGUCACCAAUGUCACCCCUCCCCGUCGGCGUCGGCCACGCCAGGCUCAGCUCGGUCUCAGUCUGGCCCCUGAGUCCAUGCAGCCCGGCUUCUCACUCUCCCAGCAGUGAUACUGAACCCAUUCGUCUGAUCCGUGCCAUACCUACAGGUCCCCGUCCUCGGUUUCAUCGCACUGCCCUCCGUGCUCUCGAUUGCCGUCUUCUCGCGUCAGUUCCCGAGACAGUUCCAGGCUGCGUCGUCGAGCGCGGUCACGUCACGUCACCAAACCCCCCCCCCCCCGGUUCCCGAGCUGACGAAAAUUUGCACCACAUUCAUAUAGUCUAUGCCCUGCCUUGGAUCCUCUAUCUCAUAUUUGCACAGGAUGACCCACCCCCAUCGGUGCCAUUGCCGUACCUCCCCUACUCGCCCUACAAGUGCCUCAAAAUCACAUCGGCCUCGUUCCAGUUCCUGCGCGACUUGAUCGCGUCGGGCUACAUCGCGCUCUGGUUCGACCUCCAGAUCAAGCGCUUCACCGUGCUCUCGGGCAAAGACGGCAGUGUAUACGUCCAGCGUAACAUUCCCUACGCCGAGGGGUUCACCGCGAACAAGCUCGACAUCUACCGACCAGAGGGCUACGACCCUGUCACCAGCAAUGUCGAGGCUCCUGUCAUCGUGCUCGUCGGCGGCGCCAACUGGACGCUGUGGAACAAGACUCUCGGGGCUCAGAUCGCGCUCAGGCUGAGGCGGUUGGGGUACUGCGUAGUCGUUCCUGACUUGAGGCAGUCUCCAGCCAAAAUACCCGAGAUGGUCAGUUCACGCCGCACUCAGGGGCAUUUCCUCUUCAGGCCGAGCCUGGUCAAGAGCAUCUUAUUGACGUCCUUUCUGUUGACAGGUCACGGAUCUGCGGCUUGCAUUGGAAUGGGUUGGAGACUUCAUCAAGGGCUUUGGCGGGGAUGCUGAUGCCUUGUACAUCCUGGUCAGUCCACCCUCGCAACAUCCCCCUUGCUAUAACGUGAGCUGACCCGUCACCCAAAUCCUGCCUCUCUAAGGGCUACGGGUCAGGCGCUCACCUCGCAUCGCUCACCGUCGUGCAAGACGCCGUCGUACGCUCCCGCGACGAGUACACCGCCCUCCAUCACACGCCUGCUUCCCCGGGCAAGCUCUCCACCCCAGACGGUUCGAGCCCGAUUGAAAUUUCGGCCGGGAUCCGAAGGUGUUCUAUCUGGGGAGAACAUGCGCGGUUGCCUCCCAUCGCAGGCAUGAUCCUCGUCGCGGGGGUGUUUGACGUGAUCAAGCAGUUGAGGUUCGAGGCCAAGCAGGGUGUUGAGGAUAUCUCGGCGUUGAGGAGGGUGUGUGGACCGUCGACAAGCACUUCUUUACUCUCUUGGUACGUCGAGGUGUGGAGCACGCCACUUGGGGUCGGACCCUUGGUACGCUGACUAAAGCUCCUGCUUCUCUUUCCCGCACUAAAAGUCCCUCUCACCUGAUCUACGGCGCGAAGGAGAUCGUCGACCCUGCUCGUCUACCACCUCGAUUCCUCAUCAUCGCGGGAGGCAAGGACACCGCGGUUCAUUAUACCCAGUCAAUAUUGUUGAGGUCUCUGCUCGAAGGUGUCGGCGUGCCCGAAGUCCACCUCAAGCUGUAUAGAGACUUGACCCAUGUUGGAUCAUUGUGCAGUGAGUACUUCGUCCCCCGUGUUAGAAAAAUAACACAUGUGGACGCGAUAGCUGAUUCUCCACGCUAUCGUUUGGCGCAGGUCUCAUGCAUCAGACUCGCUACUCGCCUCUCUUCUUGAGUGAGAUUGAAGGUCUAAUCUCGUCAGGCUACUGA